UUUUUAAAGCCCUUGUACCACAUAUCAAGUCAGUUCAGUCGUGUAUAGUAGCCCAGUGCUUGUUGGAUCCAGCAACGUCUAAGGUCAUACUUGUUAAUUUUCAAUUCGUGGUGUGGACUGUUCAAAACUUCUAUUGGCUUGAUACCUCCCCCUUCUGGAACUUGUAUGUACAAGAGAACUUCAUGAGCGUUUUCAGGCUAUUUUAAGGCUGUCAAGCUACUGAUCGCCCUUCAUGUCGUAGUUUACACCCCGUCCGGCUUUAAAUAGUCCAGGGAAGAAGCUCGUCUAGACAAGGUGACACCAUGGCAGAUCCGGCAGAUCCUCAAAUGUACUGCCUCACUUGGAAAACUCACAGCACUGUGAGUGGCAAGAAGUUCUAUCAACACUAUCAGGACAACAUGUAUACGGAUUGCCAAGUGUCUUGUGGAGAUCAUACCAUGACCUGCCAUCGAAUGGUUCUCUCCGCGUCGUCAUCCUUCUUUGAGAGGAUCUUCAAGCAGAAUCAGCAAACGCAGAGACCAUUGGUCAUCCUCAAGGACGUCAACUCGGACCUCUUUCAAUACGCCAUUGAAUACAUGUACACUGGCCAGGUCCUGGUUCCUAGUGGAUUACUCCAACGGUUUCUGCAGCUCGCCACUGAACUUCGCAUCGAAGGUCUAAUGGACCCAACGAAAGAUUCGGAAAUGGAAUAUCCACCCUCACCCAAAGCCAUGGUAUACGACAACUCGCCUCAGGAAGAACCUAACCAUAUCAUUGUUGAUCCUCAAGCCGAUGAGACCGAGGAGAAUAAGAAGAUUGCCGCCGCUGCCAACUCGUUGGUCAAUUUGAGCCCCAAGAACCAGAUGAAAGGUUCUAACAAGCCGAAAGGAGACCAAGGAUCGGCUCGAAAUCGCAAGGCAUUCAAUCCCAAGCGCAUUCGACUGGAGAACCUCUGUGGCGCAUUGGGCUCCAGACCCAAAUCAGAUUCACCCGGAGUCAAUGGAAGAGAAGCAAAUUCGCCUGGGACAGAUUGUUCCAGCGAGGUCAGAUCAGUGAGGUCAAUGAGUGAAGCAGACCCCCAUCACUUCUUGGGCGAGGACCUACGCUAUCGCAAUCCCUCUGGAUCAAGCAAUGGACUCGUGAAAGACGCCCUCACAGAGCAAGGAGAGCUUUUGCUCAAGCUUCAGAACUUGAAUGGAGGUUCAAAGAAUGGACAUUUCGGAAAGGAACCCACUUCAACCGUCACGAGUGGAGCUUACUCUGCCAUGUCCAAUGGACUCGAACCUUCCAUAAUAUCGAAAUUACUCAAUGAACAAAUGGAACUUUUGCGGAAACAAUCUGGCACUUCUUCCUCCUCCCUGACUGCUGCUUUAGGAGCAGCCAUGAACUUGGACCUGAGCAAAAUGGUUCGAGAACAUUUCCUGAACAACUUUCCCACUGACCUGUCCAAUCAAACGGCUCCAGCUGCAGCUCAUGGCUUGCCAAGUCUUCUCCAACGACAAUCGCCUCCGCUGAAAAAGCAUCGAGCAAGAAACUACCCUUCCGGAGGGAAAUCGAAGCCAUCUGCCAGCAUCGCUCUGGAUGAGCACGGAAAUCCAAUCCUGGGGCCCAAUGGCAAGACCAUGGUGCGAUGCGAAGACUGCGGCAAGCUCCUAGCUGACCCUAGCUCGUUAUACCGGCAUCGCAAAAUCCACACCGGCGACAAACCGCAUACUUGCGACAUUUGCAAUCGCGUCUUCAUCCAACGGUACAAUAUGAAGCAGCACGUCAAAACACAUAUUGGCGAACACGUCGAUCCAAUCAUUAUUGAGGGUCUCGAGGAUGACAUUCGCCGAGUGUACUUAGGUCUGGAGGGUGUGGCCGAUGAGGAUGAGGUCAACCGGCGUUUGGCUCGGAAAAAUAAGAAACGUCAGCAACAAGAAGCCAAAGACAUUCUUCAACGCCAACGCAGUGAUCACCAUCAACUCCAAUACCAACAGCGUGUCCUCCAAGAGCUUCAGCAAUCCACAUCCGAAAUGUCUCCCAUAUCCCAGAAUGAAUUGGAUGGCAUGGAGUAGUGAGCUCGUGCGUGUACAAAUAACUAAAGCCUUAACAUAUUCAAUGCAGAGUACAAACUUGACCUGUACAUAUCACCUCCGCUCUUGUAACAAACCCCUGGGAGCUGUGUUCCUCGCAAUAAUACUCAAUCUAGUCCUCCCAAACUUUGCCCUCCAACUACCAAGCUCAGGCCAAACAGAAAUCAAAGAUUAAGACUCGCAGCAAUAUUCUCUACGAAAGAAAGAAAAACGUCUAUUUUUCCACUUCAAAUCAAAGAAAGCAUAUCUGAUAUUUUGUAUCUAGUCAGUUUUGUGUUUCUACAUACAUGUCCCUAUUUCAACCUUUGUGGUCUAGUUGCAAUUUUGUUUGUAGUCAUUCCUCCUUUUCCACGUGCCAAUAUGACUACCCAAUUAAUCCCACAUUUGUUUCGUAUACUAUUUGUGCGUUUUGUCCUCAAUAAUAAAAAAUGAAUACUAUA